UCCGGCCCCGCCCGCGCCGCGCGGGGAUCUGGCUCGCUCUCGGGGCUGCUGCCGGCCGCUGCCCGUCGCCGCGCACCAUGACCGGGCUGCUGGCGCUGCUGAGCACGGCGGGCAGGGUGGGCGCCCGGGCCCGGCCUCGUUCCGCCUGGCUCUUGGGCGCCGCCGCCCCCUGCACCCCUCCGCCCCUGGCCCUGGCCCUGUUCCGGAUCAGGCCUGACUCCCGGCUGCUGCGCACGGCCGGCGGGGACCGCCGCGGCCGCCAGGAUACCAGCAAAAUCACUGAGACAACAGGCAGCGCUGUCGGCAACACAGAGGAGAAAAAGCCAAGCAAGUCACAGCAGCUGAAAAAGGUUUUUCAGGAAUACGGUGCUGUUGGCGUGUCAUUGCACAUUGGAAUCUCAUUAAUCUCUUUGGGCAUAUUUUACAUGGUUGUUUCAAGUGGUGUGGACAUGUCUGCAGUCCUGCUUAAACUUGGACUUAAAGAGUCGCUGGUACAGUCAAAAAUGGCAGCAGGUACAAGUACCUUUGUGGUGGCCUACGCAAUUCACAAGCUGUUUGCGCCCGUGAGAAUCAGCAUUACCUUAGUCUCUGUGCCCUUCAUUGUCAGAUAUUUUCGGAAAGUGGGAUUUUUUAAACCUCCAGCUGCAAAACCUUGAUGAAUCUUCAAUUGUAGGCACUGAAAACCUAUUUCUUUUCAGCUACACAAUUCAGAUUGGUUUUAGGGUUGUAGGUUUUUGGGGGGUGGAGGGGAAGGGGCUAAUUUCUAUGUUCUCAAGCAUGUUACCAUUGCCAGCAAAUGUCAGGCUUUUGAAUAAUUAUAAUUUUUUUGCUUUAUACAUUUUGUUAAUGCUUUUCA